UAUAAUGCACGGGGAACCUGUGAUCUAAUUAAUGUAUGCAAAAUGCUAACGCUCAAAUAAAGACAUAUGGGGCUACAGCAUUCCAGGAGUGUAAAUAACACUGGGCAAGCCAGGGGACACUUUGUGAUGAUCACCCAUAUGAUCACCGCUCUCCUGGAACUGUCUGUCUUUCUGUCUGUCUGUCUGUCUGUGGAAUUCCCCCAAACCUCCUUCCUACCAGCUACCCACACAUCCUGCCCCCUGAGCUACGAGGGGGCAGUUCCCGUGCUCUUCAUCAGGAUUGGCUAAUCUGUCGGCGGCCUGUUUAAAGGUUGUCCUUCUGGCCAAUCAGCGCACAGGAGGAGGUCCUGUGGUUAGAAACUAAAACUCUGCGUUGGAAGGAGUCAAAUAAAUUCGCCCUGUGUCCCGAGGUGAAUAAGCAGCCUAGAGCGAAGAGUGAUAACUGCAUUCAGAAAAGUCCUGUCUGCAGUGUGUGCUAAUGACACGAGCACGCUGAGGUCAGGAGGUGUGUAAGUCAGACGCUGGAGGCUGGGGACAGACAUGGCCGGGUUUCUGGAUAACGUACGCUGGCCAGAGUGCGAGUGCAUCGACUGGUCAGAGAAGAGGAACAUGGUGGCCUCCAUCGUGGCUGGUAUUCUGUUUUUCACAGGAUGGUGGGUUAUAAUCGAUGCUGCUGUGCGUUACCCCAGUUCGGAGGAUCUAAAUCACGCUUUUCACGCAUGUGGGGUUUUCGCUACGGUGGCGUUUUUCAUGAUUAAUGCUGUGUCAAAUGCUCAUAUCCAUGGGGACAUGUAUGGAGAGAGCUGUCUCGGGAGGACAGGCGCUCGUCUUUGGAUCUUCAUCGGCUUCCUGAUCAUGUUCAUGUCUCUCAUCGCAUCUAUCGGGAUCUUAUUUGGAGCUUCUGUUUCAGCGGUGCAUCCUGUGUCUCCCAGAUUGUCUGUGUUCUUCCAGAACUUGUUCAUAUUUUUCAGCUCUCUUGUCUACAAGUUUGGACGAACUGAGGAUUUAUGGGGCUAAGUUGUGCCAAACCUUCCAGCUAAACUUUUCUUUGCACCCUCAGUCCUCACUUUGACCUCAGGUAUCUAUCAGUAAAUCUUGGCUGCAGGCUAAAUUUUUACACCCAAACUGAGUUCUUCAGUAUAGUGUUAGAUAUUCUCCAUUCUACACACAAACAUAAUGCAUUACCUCAGGUGUGCCUGUCGUGCUGUUACAUGUGCAGUCCUUUCUGUCAGUUUAUAUAUCAAACUGUUUUGCUUGUGUGUGGUCUAUGAAAUGAAAAUAUUUUCCUAUAAUAAUAUUUUGAAAGGUAUUUUGUUUAACUUCCUCUGAAAAUCCAGCCUGCAUUUCAGGCUGUAAUUACUCUGAAACCUUACUGUGUCUAAUCAACUUAGCGCUACCUGUACAUUUAUUGCACGGUAUAGCUAGAACCAAAUCCUGGAUCAUUUAAGUGUUCUAGUCUUUUAUUUUGUAUUUAAUUUUUUUAAAAUAAUUUUUUAAUAAACUGACACUACCUUAGCAACAGUUAAUAGACAUUCAUGCAUUGGCCAUGGUCAUUGUGCUAGCAGGCAUUCACUGCAAAAAAUUAUAUCUUGGCUUAUGAAGAUAUCUCGAAUAUGGCCAAAUUUAUCUAAUAUUACUUGUUAUACCAUUUUUUAUAUAUAUAUAUAUAUAUAUAUAUAUAUAUAUAUUGUAUGCAUUAUUUUUAUACGGUAUAACCGCAUAGUUCAGACAGUAUUUCCGGCUGUAACAUGAACAAUAGGCUUUUAUUAAUGCACUUGUUCUAAUGGAUUGUUUCUGUAGGUAUAAUUUUUAAACUGUGGUGAAGAUUUUUGUUAAGACGUUUAUUUACGGAAGGACUCUCCAGUGUCAGUGCUUUGUAAUGGUGCUUCGCCAAAUUUCCCAGCACAGGAAAGUCUUCAGGACAGAAGAGUUUACCCCUUUUUGAGAGAGAGUGAGAGUGAGAGACAGACACACACGAGGGAACAGCUGUAUAUCAUUGCAGUAACUUGUUUAAAAAUCAGAGAGUCUUGAACAUUAAAUCUGACUGAACAUGUCGCACAUCACAUUUUGUUCAUGGAUACAUAAAACAUUGUAAUUGUUGCCAAAUUGCUGUGGUAUCAGCAAAAUUCAUACAAAAAUAUCCAACUUUGAGUUAUUAGUGUAUGCUAGAUUUGUCAGCAUACAAGAUUUUUUCACUUGCUAACAUUUCUUUUCUGUGUGAAAUAAUUGGAUGGCAAUCCAUCACUCUUCAUUAUUAUAAUAUUUUAUUGUAACCAAUAAUUUUGCUUGGUUUUCUUUCUGCCUUCCUCAUGAGCUGAGGCUGAGGCAGGCCUGAUGUCUGGGAAUAGAGUUGCUGUUCAUUUCUGAAAUAUUUUAAAGCAAGGUUUUGAGAGUAGUUGGAAAAGGAAUUCAUGUGUGUUCUCUGUAUUUUCUCUCAAUGGCCUUUUCCAGCUGUAUUAUAACCUGAUGAAGGCAUGAGAACAGGGCAGAUGAUUAUUGAUCUUAUUGACUGAUGGUUUAUAUACUUUUUAAAACCUCUGCUUGCUCAUGAGCACAGUCAAUAUGAUGCAGUUCUCAUUUAUUGUAGUAACAUUGUACAAUUUUGCUUUUCUAACCAGCACCCAAAUGUCAUAUUUGUGUAGAAACUGUAUGAGUGAUCCAUGUAUGAGUGAUCCAUCUUAAUAAAACCAGUCAUUUUGAGCUGUCAA